UUUGCCGUCGGACGUACGUCGCGUUGACUCUGGAUCGAGUUUUUUUUUGUGGUGUGUGAUAGGAAUACAAGGAAUUUGAUGUGAUUUUUGCUACAUUGUGGUUUGUGCCAGAGGAGCUAACCGAGCUGUGGUGUCUUCUUGGCUUGUGCCAGACCAUACGGUUGUCUAUCAGGAGCAGGGAGUGAGCUAUUGACAAGGCGCAAGGUGUGUUCGAAAUUUGAAUCUCCGGCAGCUUCUCGUAGCAGCAUCCAUUCCUUUUCCAGAACAGCCCAGAAAAGCGUGAUGUAGCACGCGUGUUGUUUUUCCUUCCCUGUAUUCGGACGGAAUUUUUGCUGGAAAACAGCAUUCCGAUGCGAACGUAAAGAAGCAGCAGCAACGGCAGGAUGCUGCGAAUCGCGAGUUGAAUUUUCUGUGCACCAUUUACGUGACCGACCAUCAUCUCGUUCGUUCAAAGUCGUUUGGGUCGAACCUCAAGCGCAACGACGACGUUGUUGAAAAGAAGCGAGGAAGGAAGGAAAGAAAGAGGACCAACCGGAAGGAGACGGUCCGUGUGUAGUGUGUAUGCAGAGACUCCAUAAUAACACACGCCAGCCCAUUGGCCCACACCAUCAUUGGCAACAUACUGACUGGAUCUCGGUUGUUGUUAUGGCCAUUGAGACUCGCCGGGACACUGACUGACUGAGGAAGUGCUGCUGCUGAUGGUGGUACUAUAUGGUUCCAUUAUUGAAGCGAUUGUGCCCAUCCGAAAAACACAUUUUUUCCUGGACCCCUAAAUCGUUGGUGAAUGAAGGCAGAAAGUUGUUUGUUGGUUGGGCGUUGAUUGCUCUCGUUUAUUCGGUGGUUCUUCAAUAUGUGUACACGGGCUGUGACUGACUAAAUGUCGACCACGACGAAUAAGCACAGUAGUUAAUUCGGAUGUCGUCGUUAAGAAGAUCGCGAUGCACGACGUUCAUUGUGGAAUAAAUUUGAAUGUGUAAUUGGACCGACCAGCCAGUGUGUGAUUGAUAUGGAUACUCGACGACGCCGACAGUUGGGGUAGAACCAUGCUGCCGGUAGCAGUUAAUGAAAUACGUCGCAAGAAUUAAGUAGUGGGUUUAUGAAAAACAUACCUUCCUUGGUUUACUCAACGAACUCUGAACUGAUAGCUGAUAGCAACGAGGUGGACAGUGUAAUGUGAAUCAGAUUCCCUCAAAGAAACCGAACAACAAUAACAACAACAAGCAUAUUUGCAUAGUCGAAGCGAUAAGAAGCGCAGCAAAGCUUGAACAUCAAAGAUCAACCGAAGAUCACCGAAGAACCAAAGACAGCGAACGACGAAAGACGCCUCAUGCGUACCAAUACAACAUUUGAGCUUGUGGUAAUUACCCGAAAUGAGAAAGUUCAUCUAGCGGUGUGUAAUUAAAGUUCAUGGUCAAAGAAAUUCCGAAGAAUCAUGUGUUAGCGAGAGGAUCGAAGCUCAAGGUAUCCGUAGUAUAGAACAAGGUGUUCAAUUCAAUUCAGUGUAACCGUUCAUUGGUGUUGGUGUCUUUCAUUCUUGAAAAAAAAAGAGAAUAAAUAAAAAAGGCGAACUUGAAUUGUGCGAUAGCACAAUAAAUGUCCAAGAAGGGAAGUGAAUAUAAUUGAUGUCCGCGGUGGAAGAUCGUGUUCGUUAAUGAUCGCCAGAGCGCCGUUUCGUGUUCAAGUUCAACAAUCCGGUUCUGAUGCGAGUGUCCGCUCGCGAUUCUUAUUUUGCUGGGAAGAAUAACAAGGGAAAAGUGCAUGAAGUGGCACUGUUAACAAGAUCGACCGUCAAGGUGAAGGAGAAGAGCUGAAUGUUGGCGAUCAUGUUUGGCAACGGUCGCCAAUGUGAAGAACGCAAACUGAAGUGAGGUAGAACGGGAAUAAACGCGACACACCUACUGAGAGAGCAAGAGAGAUAAAACGAGGGUAACAGGGAAGAUCAGAAGAGAGGAUCGUGUUUUUGCACAAAAUUUGUUUAUGUGUGCUUUUAAUCGGUGAAGCCGAAGAAGACAACUACCGAGCAAAGCAUAGGUGGUGGUUGGGUAAUUUCUGAGGCGGUGUUAUUACCACACAUCUCCCUCGGUGCGAGGCAGUGUUGUGGCUGUGUGUGAGGAAUCGAGUGGGAAGGACGAUCGUCAGAUGGAUUGCCAAUAAAAAUAACCAUCGCAGAAUCGUUGGUGUUUAGUUGGUUUGGGUUUUAAAAUACAGGUCGCUGCAAAAUGUGGCCUCGCAGAAAAACUGCACUCUCGGUUCUGGUGCUUUGCUGCGGCUUGGUGCUGGUCAGCACUUUCGUCCAGCCAACGACCGGAGAAGCCGUGCAAUCAUCGUCGACGUCAUAUGUGAAACGGUCCAUUCCAAUUGGUACCGUGGUUGGUGUUCGUCGUAGGGAAGCCCAAAGCAAUGGCAAUAGUAAUGAUGAUGAUGAGGGUGAUGUAAUCAAUUAUGGAAAGAAUCUAAACAUCGAUGAUGAAUUGGCGUUCGUCGCCGUCGAAGGAGAGGGGGAAGGGCCGGUGCUGUCCUUGAAGCGGAGAGAUGCGGCCGAGGUGACAACUGCAGCAGGGACAGCUGCAGGCGCCCAUGAUGCUGAUUUCAUAGAGAAACCUGUCACGGUCGCCAAAUGUGCAGACUGGUCCGACGCGACGUUCGGAAGUAAUACCCGUGGCCCGCUGGGCCGCUCCCAGCCGGGGGAACUACGCGAUGAAUCACUUGGCUCGCUCACCCGGUCGCGCUCGCAGACUGACUGGCCGACUGGCAUGCACGCUCGUAUCGGAUGA